AUGCUUCUGCUUGCAUACUAUCGAUUCUUGAUUUAUUCUUGUAAUCGUGUUUACAAUGAUGCCGAUUCUGAUUUUUUGAGCGACGAUGAUCAUAAUCCUGAUCGUGGCGUUGGCAUCAGCGAUGACGACCAUGUCAUUAUAACCAUCAAGGACUUGGCCUGUAUCGACCCUUCACUCCAAUCGAUCCCCGUCGUAGAUUUCAACCCUCGCGAUUUCAAAGACGGCUUCCAAUGCAUCGUUUGCCUCUCAAACCUACUCGACGGAGACAGAGCCAGGCUUUUGCCGACCUGUAAUCACUGGUUUCACGCCGACUGCAUCGACACGUGGCUUCAAUCGCACUCCACUUGUCCUAUCUGCAGAACCGAGGUUGGUUCGAUGCAGCGAGGGACGAGACCGGGACUUGGCUACGAGGGAUUGACUACGAACGUGGCGGGUUACUCAAGAUGCUAA